GUGAUUGUUCUCUGCGUUCCGUGGUGUUGUGAUUCCGACUCCUGUCAUCGAACAGAAGCUACACCAUGGCGGAGUCGAGUAGCAGGGAAAUGUACAAUGUUCUCCUUCUGGGACUGUGCUUCAUGCUGGUUUUCACCGCGUUCCAAACGGGCAGCUUGAUUCAGAAAAAUGUGAUGAGCUCAAUACACGAGGAAGACCCCUCCUAUGCUUCAGACGGUCUGAUAUCGCUUUCGGUGAUCUACGCUGUAUUCGCUGUGGCUAACUGGUUCGCGCCAUCGAUGGUCACCUUCCUUUCGCCCAGACUGUCGAUGAUUCUGAGCGCGAUCACCUAUAACGUUUUCAUCGCUCAAUUCUUGUACCCGACGAAUAUCGGAUUGUACAGUGCGUCCGCCGUCGUGGGUAUCGGAGCUGCUGUGAUAUGGACGGCUCAGGGGACAUUUUUGACGCAGAACUCGACUAUGGUUACCAUGUCCAGAAAUUCAGGAAUAUUCUGGGCAAUGAUGCAACUGUCUCUGAUAUGGGGGAAUAUUUUUGUGUACUUCGAGUUUGACAACGAAGAAAGAAUCGACAAGAAGACUCGAAACACCGUCUACGGUGUGAUGGCCAUCAUUGGGAUCUUGGGGAAUAUCCUCAUGAUUUUCUUCCGCAAAGCCGCUCAUAUCAUCGAAGAUGACAAGAAACCACCUUUCGUCAAAGGGAUAGUUGACUCUUUCAAGCUCCUCACCACCAGGCGGAUGAUGCUUUUGUCGUCGACUUUCAUCUAUACCGGCUUGGAACUGUCAUUCUUCAGCGGUGUGUACAGCGCCUGUAUCGGAUUCACCAAGGCUUUCGGGAAAGAUAGCAAAAAAUAUGUGCCAAUCAGUGGAAUCGCAAUCGGCGUCGGUGAGGUCGCUUCGGGCUUCGCUUUCAGCAUUCUGGAGAAAUAUACAGCCAAGAUGGGUCGUGCCAAGAUCGUAGGCCUAGGUCUGGUAGCGCACGUCGGAGCCUUGAUUAUUGCGCUGAUAAAUCUGCCCUUCGAUUCGCCGUUCAAAGACACCACUUCCGCGGCUCUCAUCCCCUCGAACAUCUUCUUGGCUCUGUUCGGGUCUUUCCUGCUCGGUUUCGGAGAUGGUUGUUUCAACACGCAAGUAUACUCCUUGAUAGGAGUUCUCCACAAAGAGAAUACGGCACCCGCCUUCGGACUCUUCAAAUUCAUGCAGUCGGUCGCUGCGGCCGCAGCAUUCUACUACUCGUCGCAGCUCAUGCUGCCAUAUCAGCUAGCGAUUCUCGCCGUCUUCCUCUUGGUCGGGACCGUGACUUUCAUCGUAGUCGCACGAAAUGCGGACAGCAGAGGUGAAACUUUCGUCGGAGUGAGUCUGAGCUGAUAAGAGAGGCAUGUUCUGUUCCCACGAUUCGAUAGUGACGGAAUUUUCAUCGAUGUUGCAGAAUCUGACGGUGCUUGAGUCGGAUCGCCAGUUAUCGGAUCAGGAUAUGCGUUCGGCAGACUCCUGAUGUUUGAACGGUACUUCCAGCGCACAUUCCAAAAAACCCUGUACA